UUAAUGUGAACCCAUAGUUUUUAUUUUAUUUUUUGUUUCUUUUAAUCCUUUGUUAUUCCUCGUUUUCUGUUGUCCUUUCGUGCUGCUGGUAUGGCCGGUGUUGGUUUAGGUAGUGCUUCUCGCUAUGUUCAUCAGCUUCAAAGACCAUGCCUUCACCUCCAAUACCAACCCGAUCCGGAAGAAAACGAGGAUUCAAACAACCGUGCCGGUGGUGGUGGCGCGUACCAAGACGACGGCUCUUACCUGGGCCUGGACUUAGUCAACUCGAAUGACCUUGUAUCCCGUAGGUCACGAGGCCGUCCUCCUAGUUCCAAGAACAAACCAAAGCCUCCCGUCAUCAUUACACGGGAGAGUGCAAACACGCUCCGAGCACACAUUCUUGAAGUCAGGAACGGCUGUGAUGUGUUUGGCUGUAUCGCCAACUAUGCUCGGAGAAGGCAGAGGGGAAUCUGUAUAUUGAGCGGGAAUGGUACGGUGACCAACGUGAGCAUUAGGCAACCAGCUGGAGCCGGAGCUGUGGUUAACCUUCAAGGCAGAUUUGAAAUAUUAUCACUUUCGGGUUCGUUUUUGCCACCACCGGCUCCUCCGGGUGCCACCAGUUUGACGAUCUUUUUGGCAGGCGGACAAGGGCAGGUUGUGGGAGGAAACGUGGUCGGGGAACUGAUGACGGCAGGGCCUGUUAUUGUUAUAGCUUCGUCGUUUUCGAAUGUCGCCUAUGAAAGGUUGCCCUUGGAAGAGGAUGACCAGCUGCAGCUUCAAAGUAGCGGCGGAGGUGGGGAUAAUAAUAUGUUUUCUGACACGGAAGGUGGCGCUGGGGGUUUGCCCUUCUUCAAUUUGCCUGUCAAUAUGCAACCUAGUCAUGUCCAGUUUCCCUUUUGAGAAAUUCGACGCAGUUUGCAUUAGGAAAACAUGGGAUUCUUGGAUCAUAAAGGUCGGAAAAAUUCAUGGACUAGUUAUCAUCAUCGUCCUCAUCUUAUGUUGAUGUUAAUCUUUGUUUUUAGCUCUUUUAGGAUGAAUCUUUGAUUUCUGAA